GGUAUAAAUGCAUUACAUGCCAUGAACAAGAGUCACUUUUCUGGGACCAUGAAGGCCUUAAGACUCCUCUGUUUUUGUUCCAUGAUUCUAGCAGGUCUAGUCCAGCCUGUUAGCUCAAGCUCGUGCUUAGCAUCUCUAGCCCCGCAUCUUCGUAAAGACUGUCAUCCUGAUCCUGGAGCUUCCGAAGCCAGUUGUCUGGCCAGGAAUUGCUGCUGGUCUCCAUUGAAAACCCCAGACAUGCCUUGGUGUUUUGAGAAGGUUGAUUUGUGUUCUAUAGUACUUGACUCCCAACGCAUUGACUGUCACCCAGAGUCAGGGGCAAAUGAAGCUGAGUGUGUAAGCCGUGGAUGCCAGUGGUGUGCCUCUGAGAACACCACCGCUCCAUUUUGCUUCUACACCUCUAAAGAAGAGGCUACUUGUUCCGCGAGAUUUCCCAUUCAGAAGCGCAUUGAUUGCCAUCCUCAACCAGAUGCUACUCAAGAGAUCUGUGAAGCUAAAGGCUGUUUCUGGUGUUCUACAACUGUUGCCAAUGUUCCCUGGUGCUUCUACCCAGCUGAUGGUCCCUAUGGCUACAUUAUGAAAGGUUCACCUCAGAAAACAGCUCUAGGAUGGAGGUUAAUAUUAAACAAACGUGACAGUAUAUCCCUCUUUGGAAAUGAUAUUUCCCCAGUUGUAAUGGAUAUAGAAUUUCAUACUGAGGAUCGGCUCCGAUUUAAGAUUUAUGAUCCCAACAAUAAACGAUUUGAAGUUCCGCUCAGUAUUGAACCUUCUUCAAAUUUGUCUAUUGACCCCAAGUAUGACGUUGAAUUUGUAGAUAAUCCAGUCCUUCAAUUCAGAGUAAUAAGAAAGAGGACAAGAACAGUACUGUGGGAAACAACUCUUGGAGGCCUGAUAUUCUCUAAUCAGUAUAUCCAAAUAAUGACCUUGGUCCCAUCCACUUCAAUCUAUGGAUUUGGUGAACACGAACAUCCAUCCUUCAAGCACGACACGAAUUUUGUUAGAUAUGGAAUGUUCUCCAGAGAUCAAUCACCAGCGGCAUUUAGCAAUCUCUAUGGAGUUCAUCCUUUUUAUAUGUGCAUAGAGAAUGAUUUUAAUGCUCAUGGUGUUCUCCUCUUGAAUUCCAAUGCCCAAGAUGUCACUCUGAGCCCAUUUCCUUCUUUAACAUUCAGAACCAUUGGAGGCGUACUUGAUUUCUAUAUGUUUCUUGGCCCCACUCCUGAAAAUGUCAUCCAGCAGUACACAGAGGCUAUUGGACGUCCCUAUAUGCCUCCAUACUGGUCUCUGGGAUUUCAGCUUUGUCGAUGGGGCUAUAAUAGCAUAGAUGUGCUGAAAAAAACGGUUGAUCGUUUAAGACAGUAUGAUAUUCCUCAUGAUGUUCAGUAUGGCGAUAUUGACUACAUGGAACGUCAUUUGGACUUCACAUAUGAUAAAGCUAACUUUGCUGGUCUGCCCGAGUACAUUAAAGAACUGAAAAAUGAUGGACUACAUUAUGUCAUUAUUUUGGAUCCUUUUUUGACGAAAGAUGAACCACAAGGUACUUACAAGCCCUAUGAACUUGGAGAGGAAUUGGGAAUUUGGGUCAAUAGCUCUGAUGGAGUCACACCGGUGGUCGGCAAAGCCUGGCCUCCAGGAGAUUCAGUGUAUGCAGACUACUCCAAUCCCCAAACAGCAGAAUGGUGGAUUCACAUGUGUACAGAAUUCAAAAAUGUCCUUGAUUACGAUGGGAUCUGGAUUGAUAUGAAUGAACCAGCCAAUUUUCAGUAUGGCCAGCACCCAGAUUGUGAAGAAAAUAAUCUAAACUACCCACCUUAUGUGCCUGAUAUCACAGGUGGACUUUUGGCUGAGAAAACAUUAUGUCCCAAUUCCAAGACUUAUCUGGGAUAUCAUUACGAUACACAUUCUCUGUUUGGCUGGUCACAAGCGAAACCUACUUUCUAUGCUUCUCAGAAUGCUACAGGAAAGCGAGCAUUUGUUUUGAGUUGUUCCACAUUUGUUGGGAGUGGGAAAUACACUGGCCAUUGGCUAGGUGAUAACUUCUCACGUUGGAAAGAUAUGCACAUGUCAAUCAUUGGCAUGCUAGAAUUUAAUCUCUUUGGAAUUCCAUAUGUUGGAGCUGAUAUAUGUGGCUUUAACGAAGAAACAACUUAUGAACUUUGCCUCCGUUGGAUGCAACUUGGGGCGUUUUAUCCCUUUUCCAGAAACCAUAAUGCAAUUGGAAAUAAGGAACAAGACCCUGGAGCAUUUGGAGAAGAGUUUGCUGAAAUUUCCCGUUCUGUAUUAAGGACUAGAUACUUAUUACUGCCUUACUUAUACACCCUCUUCUACCAUGCUCAUGUCAAUGGGAAUACAGUGGUCCGAGGAUUGAUGCACGAAUUUACCUCAGAUCCUCAGGCUCAGGAAAUCGACAGAGCAUUCCUUUGGGGGCCAGCUUUAAUGAUUGCUCCAGUUCUUGAAGAGGGAGCAAGAGCUGUGGAUGUGUAUUUCCCUGAAGCAUCCUGGUUUGACUUUUAUACAGGGGAUCGUGUAUCAGUUUCAUGGAAGAAGAGGUUUGUUGAGGUUCCUUCUCCUCUGGAUGUAAUUCCUCUUUUCAUUCGUGGAGGAUAUAUUCUGCCAACACAGUUUCCAGCCAGAACAACAGAGCUGAGCCGUCAGAAUCCUUUUAGCCUCAUAAUUGCUCCAGAUGAACAGGGAGAAGCAUCUGGCUCCUUUUUCUGGGAUGAUGGUGAUUCUAUUGAUUCCAUUGAAAGGGAAGAGUACUUCUAUGUUGAGUACCAAUUCAGUAAUAAAGCUCUAAAAACAACUGUGAUUAAAAAUGGUUACCGUGGAAUUGCGACUCUGGCAUAUGACAAUAUUCAGGUCCUUGGUUUCACUUCAAAGCCAAAUGUUGUUUUUCUGAAUGGACAAACCAUCCCAAGCAACAGAAUACAGUACAGUUCCAAUGGGAAAACCAUCUUAUGGAUAUCUGUACCCCUUUUCCAGGAGCUGACCAUUUCAUUUGAGUACUGA